AUGUCCCGCGUGCCCGCCCGCCAAGGCUGGUGCCAAGGCCAACUCAACUGCCAAGGCUGGUGCCAGGGCCAAAUCAACUGCCUGGCUGGGGACGGCCAGGUAGUAGACGUCGUCCGCCGCCGCCUCCGCCGCCCGCGUGCCUCCGCCCCGCUCAGCAAAAAAUCAGCAUUAUAUCAGGAGGUGCCAAAGCCGCAGCAUCUCCAUGAGGUGAGCGUCGUGCGUUUUGCCGCCGCGUGCCGCCGCUGCGCCGACUGGCUCCCGGUUCGAAUCGUCCUUCGCGGAGCGAACGCGGCGACACGAGCGCACGUCGCGCGCGUGUGCGCCUGCGACAAGACGAGACGAGAAGAGAAGGAGAAGCAGACGGUUGAUGUUUUUGCUGCCGCGGCCGCGCCGCGAGCCCGCGUCUGCUUUGGCGCCGACGACGCGACGCGCCCCGCUGCGUGA